AUGGCUUCUGAACCCAGUAAAUUAGAUCCAUCGGCCGGUGGCUUUUCCGGCGCCCCAUCUGAUUAUGAUGAGGCUAGAACAGUAGUCGUAUCUAUUCUAGCGAAAGAUUUGCCCCGAUGUAGUGCACCCGAUGAAUUGCCGGCGAGUGAAGGGGCUGGAAAACGCCCGUGUUCCCAGAUCAUCUUUCCUGAAAAAGGGAUUUAUACUGUCCAGAAUGUUAUUGAUAUUAAUUCUCACAUCAUUGCUACUAUUUGUGGAGUCAAGUCAUUGCUCAAAGAUUUGCAGAAGAAGUGUCGCCUCUAUGAAGUGGAGAAGCUGAAAACAAUAUCCGUUGUUAAGCAUCGCAAUUGA